GAGGCAGCAUAGGGCGGGUCCUCGUGGAAAAUGCUUCCGGUGGAGACUUCCAUGGAGGAGAUAAACCAGUAUGAUAGUAACGUGACUAUCCGUUAGGCGUUGUUAAUCAACUCUUGAAUUAACGUUUUACGUGUAAAUUUGGUGAAUAUGGUAUGAAUAUAAUAGCAUUUGUUUGUUUUUUCAUAACGGAUAGCUACGUUUGAUCUACGCGCUUAUUUUGCGAUCUGUACGGCUUUAACCUUGGCGUGAAUGACUGUAGUUGCUGUAGCAAGUUAGCUAGCUGUCUGUGGCCGGCAGCCCUGCCGAAAAAUAAAACAUGCCAGGCGUUAUUCGCGGUUUGAGCUGUUUAUCUGUCAAGAUCCUGACAGAAAGUCCACUUUUGUCACCUUGCCCAUGGUUUGUGUCUGCAUGCAGCAAAUUUACCAAAGCAAGAAUCCCACAACAGCUUUUUGCUGAGAGAUCAAAAGAACAUGAGAAAUAUGGAGGGGAUCCAGACCAGCCUCAUAAACUGCAUAUAGUGACACGAGUCAAAAGUGUGAUCCGAAGGCCAUACUGGGAGAAAGAGAUGGUGAAACACCUUGGGCUUCAAAAGGCACAUGUACCUGUGAUUCACAAAAACACACCUGCAGUCAACAGCCAACUGAAAUUUGUCAAGCACCUUGUAAGGAUCCAGCCUCUGAGGACUCCCUACGGACUCCCUGCUGAACAGGACAUGGCAGACUCCUACAUUAACAGCAACGGAGAACUGAUUGUUCGUCGCCUCCUCCAACCUGUGGAGCCCAAGGCUAUUGAAUCUUAACUCAGCUUUCAAUUAUGUCAGUUAACAGCUCAGUUGUUCAUAAUUGUUAUGGAAAAUCCUGUGUUCCAUAGCGUCCUGCUGAUUCCAGUCUGUGAUCCAGGUUUGAAUGGGUUGUGGGUUUAUUCAGUAGUUAUCCAGGCAAGUUGGUUUAUUUUGUCUACCCUUCAAUAAAUAACUUAAUUACCAGUUUGUCAGUCAUAUAUGCAGAUGUUAAAAUUGAAAAUCUGUUUUCAGUGACUAUUUAGCAACAGGUGAUGGUUCAGAUUCUUUAUUUAACAUGUAUAAAAACUCUAAAGAGC